CGGUCUGGCGUUCCUAACCUGACAGCCGCCAUUUCGGAGCUUACUUCCCGGCCCUCCUUUAGCGACCUCGCGCCUCCAGGCCCGGGAGCACCUGCCCCAGGCGCAGUCUGGCACCACUGGCUUCGUGGAACCGAGCUUCCCAGUGACGUCAUACCCGGAGACUUCCGGUUCCCGCUCUUGAGGUUGGAGUCUCACGUGCGGGCGUUUCCAGCAGAGGCGCCCGCAGUCUUUUAAUGGAAGGGCUGGUGCUCUGGGAGGAAGAUGCAGGCAGUUCUUCAGACAGUCAUCAUGGGUAUUCGAGGACUAAUGAGUUUUGUGGAAGAUCACAGUAAUGAGUUCUUCACUGAUUUGAAGUUGCGAGACACAAAAAUUGUCAUUGAUGGCUAUGCUCUCUUCCAUCGGCUUUGCUUCAACUCAAACUUGGAACUUCGGUAUGGAGGGGACUAUGAUUCUUUUGCAGAUGUUGCACAAAAAUUCUUUGAAUCACUGUUUGCUUGUAAUAUCUGUCCAUAUGUUGUAUUAGAUGGAGGAUGUGACAUUUCUGAUAAAAAGCUUAAAACUCUAAAGGAUCGAGCUAGAGAGAAGAUCCAGAUGGCUCAUUCCCUUUCUGUUGGUGGGGGUGGGUAUGUGUGUCCCUUACUCAUCCGGGAAGUGUUUAUACAGGUUUUGGUCAAGCUACAGGUGUGUUUUGUCCAGUGCUUUUCAGAAGCAGAUCGGGACAUUAUGACACUAGCUAAUCAUUGGAAUUGCCCUGUGUUAUCAUCAGAUAGUGACUUUUGCAUCUUUGACCUAAAAACUGGGUUUUGCCCAUUGAAUAGCUUUCAGUGGAGAAAUGUGAACACUAUCAAAGGCACACAAGACUGCUACAUCCCUGCCAAGUGCUUUUCCCUGGAUGCACUCUGCCAUCAUUUCAGCAAUAUGAAUAAAGCUCUACUGCCUCUCUUUGCGGUGCUAUGCGGAAAUGAUCAUAUUAAUCUGCCCAUCAUAGAGACAUUCUUAAGUAAAGUACGUCUUCCUCUUGGAGCUACCAGUUCUAAGGGGAGGAGACAUCACCGAGUUUUGGGACUUCUGAAUUGGUUAUCUCAUUUUGCCGACCCUACUGAAGCACUGGAUAAUGUUCUGAAAUAUCUCCCCAAAAAGGAUCGUGAAAAUGUUAAGGAAAUUCUCUGCUCUUCCAUGGAAGAAUACCAGCAAUCUCAGGUGAAGCUGCAGGACUUUUUCCAGUAUGGUACUUACGCCUGUCCAGCCGCCUUGAAUCUGGACUUACCAGAAUGGGUAUUAGUGGCUUUGGCCAAAGGCCAGCUAUCUCCUUUCAUCAGCGAUGCUUUGGUGCUAAGAAGGACCAUUCUUCACACACAGGUGGAAAAUAUGCAGCAACCAAAUGCCCACAGAGUAUCUCUGCCCAUCCGGCAAAUCAUCUAUGGGCUUCUUUUGAAUGCCUCUCCACAUCUGGAAAAUAUGUCCUGGGAUGCAUUGCCUUCUCAGCCUCUAGCUUUCAGCGAAAUGGAAAGGAUUAAUAAAAAUAUCAAAACAUCGAUUGUUAAUGCAGUAGAACUGCCCAAGGAUCAUUCUGACUUAAGCAAAUUGACUGAGCUGUCCCUGGCCAAACGGCAGAUACUUCUGUUAGACACCCUGAAGGUGAAACGGACGGUCCUGGAAUCAAUCCCUUCUUCACUGAAGCUGCCCAUUUCCGUCAGUUGCUACUGGUUGCAGCACACAGAGUCCAAGGCAAAGCUACAUCACCUGCAGGCCUUACUGCUAGGGAUGCUGAUGGGGCCCUUGCAUGCCAUAAUAACCAGCCCUGGAAUUGUGGACCCCGCACCCAGGCAGGCUCAGUGCCUUGCUGCUCGCUAAUUGGUAAAAGAUAAGGAAGAUCUGCGGGAAGAUGGUGCUAGGAUGCUGUAUGAAGAAUUCCAAAGAGUGAAGGAGCAGACGCGGCCGGGCACGAGACUGGACUUAGACACAGCUCACAUCUUCUGUCAGUGGCAGUGCUGUCUGCAGAUGGGGAUGUAUCUCAAUCAGCUGCUGUCCACUCCUCUCCCGGAACCAGACCUAACUC